AUGCUGGAAACUGCACAAAUAUCGGCUGAAUCAACGGCCAGGAAUUCAAAUACCUCCCCAAUUCAAAUACGAUUACCUAAACGACAUAUGCGAAGUAAUACGCAUCAAGGUUCAACAUUUUCGUCACAAAGAUUUACUCCGUUAUCGGAACAUCAUUCGGGUGUUGGUAAUGGUACUAGCAAGAAAGUUCGAUUUAAUCAUCAUCACAAUCAUUCGCAUAAUAAUCAUAUUCCUGAUUAUCAAAGUAAUCUUCGAAAUGAAAUCUCAAUUGAUUAUUCAUCAUCAUCUUCCCAGCAACAAGAGAAAGAGAACGAAGAGAACAAAAUGGUUAUCAAAUCUAAUAAUUCAGCCACACCUUCUCCACCUUCAAUAGCUAUCACAAUAGCUCCUCCUUCUCCUGCGAUGAUAAAGUCUCAGCCACCUGUUCCCCCAAGAUUGGGGUUACCUAAAUCCACUCCAAUUAUCGGGCAUUAUGCAGUGAUCAAAGUAAUUGGUAACGGAUCUUUCUCGGAGGUUAAAUUGGCGAUUGAUUUAAAGACCUGUGACAAAGUCGCCUUGAAAAUGAUACCCACAAAGGGAAUAGAAGAUAAUGAUCGAAUAAAAGCGAGCGCAUUACGUGAAGUUGAGCUAUUAAAGUUUAUGAAUCAUCCUAACGUUGUACAUUUACAUGACACUAUCGAUACGUCAACUCACUUAUGUCUGGUCAUGGAAUAUGUAGCAGGUGGAGAACUAUUCGACUACGUUAGUGACUACUACGAACAAACAUCCGAAACGGACGCAAAACGGAUAUUUUUACAACUUGUAAACGUGGUCGCAUAUCUUCACGACAACAACAUUGUACACCGUGAUUUAAAACUAGAAAAUAUACUCCUCACCGAACGUGGUCCAUCGCUAACCGGCCCAAUAAUAAAAUUGACCGAUUUCGGAUUAGCCCGAACCAUAGACCCGUCCUCUCCCAUUCUAACAACACGAUGUGGCUCCGAAGAGUAUGCCGCACCGGAACUACUAUUGAGUGGUGCAUAUGAUGGACGUCAAACUGACAUAUGGUCAUUAGGAAUCAUAUUGUAUGUGUUGUUGGUCGGGUAUCUGCCGUUUGAUUUAGAACCUGGGCAGAGGAGACGGUUCAUUAGUAAGAUUGCGCAGGCUGAUUACGAGUUUCCGAAAUCGGAAAAGGAGACUGGUCGUCGUAGUACUAUUAGUGCGGAGGCUAAAGAUCUAGUCAAAAUAAUAUUACAGAGUAAUCCUAAAAAGAGAGCUACGUUGGAUCAAAUUAGACAGCACCCUUGGUUGGAGGGAGUGGUUGUUUGA